AAAAUCUUAAACGUUAGGCUUGGUCUGGGCCUGGAUAGAGGUAGGCCCAAAUCCUUUCUUCUCCUUCUCUGUUGGAUUUUCAACUCUCUCUCGCUCUCCAUUUCGUGAGGGACUGAAUGGCUGCUUCUAAAGAAGGUGAAGAUGCACCGAACACUAUAUCCUCGCCAAAGAAGAUUUAUAAAGACCCAGAUGAUGGGCGACAGCGAUUUUUGCUUGAAUUGGAAUUCGUUCAGUGUCUUGCUAAUCCCACUUACAUUCACUAUUUGGCUCAAAACCGCUAUUUUGAAGAUGAAGCUUUCAUUGGCUACUUGAAAUAUCUUCAGUACUGGCAACGACCAGAGUAUACAAAAUAUAUAAUGUAUCCUCAUUGCCUCUUUUUCCUUGAACUUCUCCAAAAUGCAAACUUCCGCAAUGCAAUGGCACAUCCAGGCAACAAGGAAUUGGCACAUAGGCAGCAAUUCUUUUUUUGGAAGAACUAUAGAAACAAUCGAUUAAAGCACAUUUUACCGAGACCUCUUCCUGAAACUGUUGAGGCGCCACCAGCUGCUGCUCCAUCUCUGCCACCUGCUCCACCUCUGCCAGCUACAACUAUCCCUAUGACAGCUCCUCCUCCCCAAGCCCCUUCUCCUAUGCAGUAUGGUAUUCCCUCAGGACCUGCUCUCGCAAAAAAUGAUAUGAGGAGUAGUAGCAUUGAUCGAAGAAAGAGAAAGAAAGAAGGAUAAAUUGACCUAUCACCCCAUUUCAUUUACUCGUGAUGAGAUAUAUUUGAUGAGGUAAUCAAUGUUUUCUUUACAUCGUUAGUGAGAAUGAGGAGAUAUGCACUAAUUCUAUGUUUACAAAGUUUGAAGCUGUCAACAUUUCUAGAAUGAAGUCAGAACCACAAAUAUUCUUGAAAUCAAAUCAUUUCAUUGGAUGAUACCUUUGUGUUGCUAGUAUUCAUUGUGCCAAUGAAAGAUUAAUUGUUACCGUAAACAAAAUCUGACUAUCAGUUUCUGUGAUAAAUAAAGUUUGUGGUUGUAACCCGAGACCUUGGUUCAGCUCUGCCAAAAAUUCUUGGAUAAAUGCAUGGGGGCUUCCAUAUGAGGAUUUACAAAGUAGCUGUUUUCUAAGUCCAUUCAUAUAUAUAUG